AUGUUUGAGACUCUUGGCACGGAUUUCUUCAAAAAUGUCGACACACCCAAAUUCGUUUCUAAUUUGGGGAAUUCGAAUCGCGCGAUAUACCAAGUCAUGGAGCUGCCAAACCGACCUACCACUGAGAACAUUGCCCUUGAAGCAGGUCAACAAACUCGCCAGCUUAUCCCACGCCCUCUUUCAAAUAAGAGCAACGCCUUGUCUGGCGAUAAAAUUUCCCAGAUUGGACGAUAUUUACGCCUGGGUUGGAAAUGUGAAGCCAUCGCGAGCGCCUGCAACGUUUCAAGAGCCACUAUCUUCCGGUAUCAAAGCAACCUCUUGCGGUAUGGCAGCCUCCGGAAACCUGCUUAUCGAAGCCUAGGACGAGCAAGGAAGCUAUCUCAAGCAGACGAGGAUGCUGUUUUUGAAUAUCUUCUUCAUGAGAGCUGGCGGCAACAAGAUGAAGUCAGAUCCUGGUUAUAUUAUGAGCGUGGUGUGGAUGUUAGUGUGCCAACAAUAUCUCGAUUAUUUAAGCGCCGUAAAUGGUCAAGAAAACAGCUUAAGCGAAUCUCGUUAAACCGGAGUGAACCUCUUCGCCGUGCCUAUCUUGAUGAUAUACGCCAAUUUGCAGCGGAUGAUCUUGUCUUCCUUGACAAGUCGAUAUUUAACGAGAAAACGGGCUGGCGUCGACACGCAUAUGCACCGAUUGGAGAUGAUGCUGAAAUAGAUGCAGAUAUAAAUCGGGGCAAGACAUGGAGCAUCUGCGCAGCAAUGACGCUGGAGGGCUAUCUUCCCUGUACUAGCAUAAAAGAUGGAUAUUAUAGUACUGGUGACUUUGCGGAUUAG